UGUGGUUAUUUAUCCUUGGUGGUUAACACUGUCGGUCAAACCCUCCGGCCUAAUGACAGGUGGUCGGAAACACCGAUCUAUAUAAGCCGCCUCUCACUCUUGACCGAUAUCAGUUCAGCCGAGACAACAGUCGAAACAACUCACUCCAGACAUGAAGGUGUUCAUCGUUGCCGCCGUCCUGGCCGUGGCCGCCGGUGCCCCGGCUCCGGAGAACCCGCCGUCCUACCGCCCGGCCCCGGCCUACAAGCCGGCCCCCUACCACCCGGAGCCCCAGUACAAGGAGGAGCCCAAGCCGUACGCCUUCGAUUACGCCGUCGACGACAAGUACACCGGCACUAAUUUCGCCCAGAAUGAGAAGAGCGACGGCCAUAACGCCGAGGGUUCCUACACCGUGGCUCUGCCCGACGGCCGCACCCAGACCGUCAAGUAUACCGCCGAUCAUACUAACGGAUUCAAUGCCGAGGUCACCUACGAGGGCGAGGCGAACUAUCCCGAGUACCACCCGGCCCCGGCCUACAAGCCCGCUCCUGCCCCCUACAAGCCUGCGCCUAAGUACCAAUAAACGGUGAAUUCGAUUUUUAAUGUUAGGAAUGAGUGCAACAUUAUUUAUUGUCCAAAUGUUCUCGUCCUGCGCUAAAUAAAAUAUGCAAAAA